AAAGGACCUGAAGGCACCCAACAACAACAACAACAAUAGCAGCAGCAGCAGCAACAGGCAGAACUUUCAGAGAGGGCGGGGCCACGCCUGGUGACGUCACUGCAGCCCAGGUGAGGCCGGCCGCUCAGGUGUGGGGCGGCAAGGGCCACUAGGUGGCGCCCUUUGGGCUCCGGGGAAGAAAGGAGGGCGCCUUGGAGGAGGGCUUCCCCCGAAAGAGGGAGAGGAGGGCGGCCAAGGGAGACGGCUUCGCCCGGGCUGAAGGGACCGAGGAGAGAGAGAAGGAAGAGGAGAAGCAGGAGGAGGUAAGGCAGUUGCUUGCCCGCCCGGCUGGAAGCUCUGCACUCCUGGGAAGAAACGCUACAGAGCACGGGCGGCUUCUUAAGGACUUCUAGAUGUUGCAUCCUGGUUGCAGAGGAAGCAGAGUUUGGGAAAGGCACUUGCUUGGACAACAACUCACAGAUGCCGCACCAGUGACCAUGCUGACUGGGACAUUGUGGGAGCUGUAAUCCCAGAAGGCUUCAUAAAUCUGUUCUCUGUGCACUGGACAGAGCAUCAUCAUGUCCCAGAGGCAUUCAAACCCCUCCCUGGGGGACAAGACUUUCCUCCUCGAUCGCCAGCUUAGCUCGGAUUUGCAUGCUGGCAGCAAUGCUGCCAUCUCCCCACAUGGGAAGUACGGCUCUCUGGCCCCACUGGACAACGCUGCGUUUCUGGCUGAGCGCUCCUCACCUCCCAUUGGGCCCCGGCGGAUCAUCCUCAGCACUGAAAGCCCCGUGGCUCUCAAGGUGGGCACUCAGCAGCUCAUCCCUAAGGGCCUGGCCGAGGGUCCGAAAUCCAAAGCCCCCUCCCGGCACCAGAGUUUCUCCUCCUCCGUCCUGAGCAAAGAGAUGACUCGGUGUGACCCGAAGCGCAUGUCGGCCCCCAGCAUUUCCCUCGACGAUCUGGACUUUGAGGACUCUGGUGAGGGGACGCUGAAGCGCAACCUGCGCAAUAUGUCUUAUCGGGCUGCGAUGAAAGGCUUGGGCAAUGGCGAGGAAGCUGAGCCGCCAAAGGCCGUCAGUAGCUUGAAACCUCCGCCUGAAGAAGUCAUAGCCCAGGGAGCUCGAAGUCCUGGAAGAAACAAGAGAACCUUUGGUCGGCGACGGAUGCAGCGGCACGGGGGCUCCUUCAAGGAUGACCCCCGCCUGUACCAAGAGAUCCGUGAAAAGGGGCUCAACUCGAUCAGUCACGAGUCAGACGAUGAUCUUCUAGAGACAGAAACCAUCCCCGAGGAACCCCCGAACCCCGAUUCAGUCAUUGUGGUGAGGACCUAUCGCCCUGCGCAUGUCACCUGGAGCCAGCUUCCCGAGGUGCUGGAAGCAGGCAUCCUGGAGUUCAUCUCCCCAGAAGAACGCAAGAGGCAAGAGGCCAUUUUUGAGAUUGUCACUUCGGAGUAUUCCUACAUGAGGAGUCUAGAAAUCCUGGUCAACCACUUCUUGAAGUCGGAGGCACUGAAGGACACUAUGACCCAGACGGACCAUCAUCACCUCUUCUCCAACAUUGGGGACAUCUUGGCUGUCAGCAAGAGCUUUUUUGAGGACUUGGAAAAGAGGCACCAGGAGCAUGUCUUGAUCCCGGACAUCAGCGACAUCGUGGAGGAUCACGCCACCAAACAUUUCAACCCGUACAUCAUCUAUUGCUCCAACGAAGUCUACCAGCAGAGGACCCUUCAAAAGCUCUUAGCCACAAACCCUGCUUUUAAGGAGACCUUGAAGCAGAUUGAGCAGAAGCCAGAAUGCGGCAGCCUUCCCUUGAUCUCCUUCCUCAUCCUCCCCAUGCAGAGAGUGACACGCUUGCCUCUUCUCAUGGAUACUGUCUGCCAGAAGACGCAGAUGAACACUGCAGUUUAUGAAGCUGCCACCCAAGCUCUGAAGGCCAUAAGCAAGCUUGUCAAGCAGUGCAACGAAGGUGCGCAUACCAUGGAGAGGACGGAGCAGAUGUACACCCUACAAAAGCAGCUCGAGUUUGGCAAAAUCAAGAACUUCCCACUGAUUUCUGCUUCUCGGUGGCUUCUGAAAAGAGGGGAACUCUCCCUUCCUUUGGUGGAAGAAGGUGGGAUUUUCCGGAAGGGUUCCGGACGCGGAAACUGCUACCUCUUCGUGUUCAAUGACGUCCUGAUCAUCACCAAGAAAAAGAGUGAGGAAAGUUACACAGUCCUCAACUAUGCCAUGCUGGACCAGCUCUCAGUGGAGAAAAUGGAAAACCCAAGUGCUCCUUCUUCUCCGUCGGGCAAGCCAGGCCCAAGUGGCAUCUGCCGUGGUGCCCACUUCUUCCGGGUGGCCAUGAACAGGGACAGCGAAGGCAAACCAGAAGUGAUUGUGUUGGCUGCAGAAACCCUGAGCGAUCGCGCUCGGUGGGUCAUGGCACUGAUGCAUAGGGAAGACAAGGAGACUAACGCUGCAAACAAAGGAGAUCUCAAGCAAGUGGAGAUAACUCGGGCUUAUCUGGCCAAGCAACCGAUGAGAUUUCCUUCAGCAGACCGUUUGUCUUGGUCCUGCCAGAGAGGAGGCUGGUAUUUAGGAGAGCGUCUGCGUGAUGGGGAAAAAGGCUGGUUCCCUCAAAGCUGCGCUCAGGAGAUCACCAAUCGUAGUGCAGUGGAACGCAAUGUGCAGCGCAUGGAGAGGCUGCGCAUAGAAACAGACGUAUAGGAAGGAUCACACCAGACAUUUUUGGAUAUGACUCAAUGCACAGCACCUGAGACUGUGAACCUGGGUGCUGUCGCUUCUAAAGCUACUUCUAUGUUGAAAGUAGACCCCUGUUUUUUAAGGACCCGGGUUCUAGGGAGCUACAAUCUGAAGAUGUGGAAAAACAUGCAACAGAGCUGCACUGCGGAUGCACCUUUCUGUGUGUGUUGCUCCAAAGCUGAGGCCAGCGAGUGGCAGCCCCUGGAUCAAACCACACUUUGCAGACGGUUAACAGGAGACAACAUUGGGUGAAGUGGAGGAAGAACAUUAUUUCCAAUGACACUUUUUUAGACGGUUGGACAUCCACCAAAAGAAUAAUUGCUCAGUGUCAGUUUGAAGGCCACAGAUGAGAUCUUGCAUUGUGGACUGCAAUGCGUGACAUUAUGAUGCCAGAGACCUACAUCACUUACACACUAUGCAACGUUAUAUUUUUCCUUUAUGUAUAUGGAUGUCCUAUGGGGGCUAAUGUAGGAGUUGUGAUUCCUUACCUCCCCGGAGAGUACUCAAAGUCUACCCACCACAUGAGCGUGUUGCACAUUGUGCAUUGUAUCAGAGAUGGCUACCUAUCUAUGACCAGAUGUGAAAUGAUGACAAUAAAAUGGCAGGAGUGGACAUCUAUGGGAAGAUA